GGUCCGGACCGCAAUUGUCCCGCCUUUGGGUGGAAAGUUCAAGCUUUAAAACUCCAAAAUCUCGUCUCCUGCUCAGUGCUCAUUUUGAUUUGUUGGCCAGACGCGGCCGAGCUUUUUGACGAGAAAUGAAGAACAACAAUGCCCCUGUUUCUCUGAUGCGUAGUCCGCAGCCACCACUCAGGUCUCAGAGAAUGCUAGGAUCCAUCUUUCCAAAGACGAGCUGGUUAAAUCUUAUGCUUUUUGAUUCUCAGCAAGAGAAGACCUUCUGAAAUUUCCUCGUCCAUCUUCUGAAUUCAAGAAAUGUGGUUAGCAUUCUCUGUUUCUUCCUUGAUUGGUGGCACAGUGUAGACAGUCGUGGUGGUCUGUGGGCUUUUGAAAUUUUAAACUCUUGGUAUCCAAGACACUCAUAAAACUAAAAUUUAGUGGUAGAAUGAUUUCAACUCGUAAUGGAGGAGACUUAACGGAAAGUUGGGAAGAAUCAACCUUAAGUACGGCCAUGCACAUUUAUAAUGCCAAUGGAAACAAUGCUCUUCAUAUUUCAACAUCCAGAAAGGGACUACUGAGUGAUGGAAGUCCUAGAAGAGAGAAAAGGGACAGGUUAUCAAUUAUUCCCAGUAGACUGGGCUUGCUGAGAACCAAUUCCAGUGGUAAUUUAGUUUCCCCAAAAGCUAGAUUUCAGCAUAUUGUAGAUGACAAGGAUGACAUCUCACGUUCUGUACCCUCUUCAACUAUCCAAGGUUUUCGAGAGCAUUUCAGUGGGAUUCUAGCUCCGAGGAUUGAUUGGAAAUCGCUGAGGAUAAUCUGUAAAGCAUGGAUCAAGAACCCUUUGAACAUGGCUCUUCUUUUAUGGAUAGGCUGUGUUGCUGUUUCAGGUGCAAUCCUUUUCCUUGUGAUGACAGGUAUGUUAAACAGUGUCCUACCUAAAAAGUCACAGAGAAAUGCCUGGUUUGAGGUCAAUAAUCAAAUCCUCAAUGCUCUCUUUACCCUCAUGUGUCUGUAUCAACACCCAAAGCGGUUCCACCACCUUGUGCUUCUGUGCAGGUGGAAGGCUAAGGACAUUACUACACUCAGAAAGAUAUACUGCAAGAAUGGCACUUACAAGCCACGUGAAUGGGCCCAUAUGAUGGUGGUAGUUGUGUUACUUCAUGUAAAUUGCUUUGCUCAAUAUGCCUUGUGCACACUCAAUUUGGGAUAUAAAAGAUCCAAUCGACCUGCUUUGGGUGUUGGAAUCUGUCUCUCUGUUGCAAUUACUGCUCCAGCAAUAGCAGGUGUCUACUCCAUUGUAAGCCCCCUUGGGAGGGAGUAUGACUCUGGACUUGAUGAGGAAGCGCAAGUUCAAACCUUUAGUAAUGGCACCAACCAACCCAGCCACCCAAGGGUGCAGGCGAUGGAAAAAAGAUUUUCAUUUGCAUCAAGAAAUGAGAAGAUGGUUGUUGAGUAUGCACCCAAAUGGAGUGGGGGCCUAUUUGAUAUUUGGGACGAUAUUUCUGCAGCAUAUCUCUCUUUAUGCUGCUGCUUUUGUGUCUUCGGUUGGAAUAUGGAAAGACUUGGGUUCGGGAAUAUGUAUGUUCACAUUGCAACUUUUCUCCUCUUUUGCAUGGCCCCAUUUUGGAUCUUCAACUUGGCUGCCAUCAAUAUUGAUGAUGAGACUGUCAGGGAAGCUCUAGGAUUAACUGGUGUCAUGCUUUGUGUGUUUGGUUUACUCUAUGGUGGAUACUGGAGGAUUCAAAUGAGGAAGAGAUUCAACUUGCCUGCGAAUGAGUUGUUUGGUGGAAAGCGAGCUGUUGCAGAUUGCACACAGUGGCUUUUCUGUUGUUGGUGCUCUCUUGCCCAGGAAGUUCGAACGGCCGAUUUCUAUGACAUUGUGGAAGAUAAAUUUUGCAGAAAACAGAAGGAUGAGAAUGUCCAGCCAUCACUCUCCCCUUUACCACGUGAAGAUGGAUCAGUUCGAUUCAGUUCCAGCCCAACUUUACUUUGGAACAACCCCAGAUUGUCUAAGCUCAGGGAUGAAAACUCCAUGAGUCCAAGUAGGCCACAUCCAAACUAUCAUCAUAGUCCCGAUGGAGAGCUCCCAAUGUCGCAGGAGUUUUCUGCGGGCGGCAUGGACAAUUCUAUGAAGCCACCCAAUCUAUCAUCGAUGCAGAGAGAAGACUGACCAAAAAUCAUGCUGAGAAAAACUCUAUUGCGGCAGUCAGCAGUGACUCGUCACGUUUAUGGUGCAUCCGUGCAUGUAACACUGUGUAAAUGUUUUAUAAACUCCAUUUUUGUGCGUCCUCCGUGCUUUUCAUAGUUUCGUAUAUGUUAGCAUGUGUAUUGUGAUGUGUCAAUUGGGACACAUUAAAGCAUGAGUAUUAGUACUAAAUGUUUAUCUCCGGCCAGCCUGUCUAUGCUUGCAUACCAUGAUAGUCGGGGUUAACAUUCCUAAUUUCCUAUUUGAUUAUUGAGGUCUCGUUUGGAUACAAAAAUACUCUCAACCUAUCUAAUCUUAUCUUAUCUCAUCA